AGUUCUUAUAGGAAGAGAGAUAAGAUUAUUGUGAGUGGAGGUAGAGAGGGUGACAAAGCGACGACUAGUGAUAUGUGGAGGUUCGAUUGGCUUUUAAGUCAUGAAGAAGAAUUACGAGCGGUGAUGAUGGAGUUUGGUUGGAGCUUGGUGGCGAGUUGGAAUGACGAUGUGGU